AUGGCGCAAUAUCAUGAGAAGAUGCCGCAUCCUCAGAAUUCAGGUCACAGGACACAAUCGGAUGAAGAGACUGCUUCACGUUUGGUGACGACAGAUAUAAACCUCGCUCAUGGUAGUCACUACGACUCUCAUUCUGAAGAAAGACUGAUUAGGUCCCGCCAGGCAACAACUUUGUGCGCCACCUGUCACGUUCCCAAAAAGUUAAAGACGCUCGAGAAAGAUCCAGCGGUAAGCGGCACAGAGGACGCCCUCUUUGUGACCAGCGGCAUAAUGGGAAAUCUAAUCUCAGUCAUGGUUCACUGCCGAUUCAGAGGAUCUGAGGUCCUGGUUGGAGAUGAAUCUCAUAUGGUCUUCUAUGAGCAAGGCAGUGUAGCGCAGGUAAGUCGUCAGAUAUUACAAAAAUGCAGUGCACGGUCGGACGGUCGCCUGGAUCUGAAGGAUUUAGAGAGCAAAAUCCAUCACGGCUACCCAGGUGUACAAUUUGCUCAGACGCAUCUCCUAUGGCUAGAGAACAGCCACAACCGCAUGGGAGGGGGGGACGCGUGCUACCCCUGUCCUAUGAAGGAGGUGCGGGAACUUGCAGACGGCUACGGACUAAAGAUCCACCUGGACGGGGCGCGACUUUUCAAUGCUGCGGAGGCGCUGGGGGUGGAGCCAGCAGAGAUCAUCCAAUUCUGUGACUCCAUCACACUUUGUCUAUCCAAAGGACUUGGGACGCCAGUAGGUUCAUUAAUCGGAGGAAAAGCAGAGUUUAUCUCCGAGGCGCGACAGGCAAGAAUUUCAUUUGGAGGAGGGAUGCAUCAGGCCGGAGUGAUUGCCGCUGCUGGACUGGUAGCAUUGAAACAUGGGAAAGCGAAUGUGAAGUUAGACAAUCAGAAGGCCAGGAUGUUUGCCAAAGCGGUGCAGGAGCUGGCCUGCCCCGUCUGCACCACGGACCCCGCGGUAGUGGACAGUAACAUGGUGCUGCUCACAGUCACAGCGCCCCUGUCUGGUCAGGAUCUGUGUGACCAACUGAGUGCAGGCGACCGGCAGACCGACGUGGUGCCAAAUGACUGGAGCGAUCUGCACCAAGCUUAG